AUGGCUACAGGUCAGCAGCCCAAGAGUCCACAGAGCCGUCGAGUUGGGGAGCACUGGAGCGGUGCUAAUCCUAUUCCCACCAUUGGUCACUUUCUGGAACAUAUCGAUGUCGAGAAGAAGGAACGCGAUCGCAGGAUAGAAGAAGAAAAUAGAGCCAAGAAAGAAAGGGCUGCCCGUGCAAAGGCGCAAGAGACCUCUCACGGGCCGCCAGAGAAAGCAGAUCAAAAGGAUCAAAAAGAUGGAGAUGUUGUUGCCCAUAAACCACGCGAAGUCUCCCAGGCCAAGAUGCGCACUGUGACAGACCCGACCACGGGCAAGGACAUCGGUGUUGAAGACCAAGACGAGACUUCUAUGGAAGCGGUAAAGAAUCCAAUGUUGACGGUUCCGAAUGCAAAUCUUGGGAAACCCACGGACAUCCAAACGAGCCCCGACCAAGACCUUGCAGAGUACAAAGAAAAACAAGACAUUACCGCACCCCCUGAUCCUAUUGCUGAAGGCACAACCUCCGAUGUUCCCAUUCGAGGAGAGAAGACGAAUGUUCUUUUCCACCCCACACCAACUGUCUCGUAUCAACCUAUGUUUGAUUCUUUGCAUAAGCGCGCCAUGGGCCUUUGCAUUGGAAUACCUGUUGCUAUUAUCAUGCUAGGGCAGAUGUGCGGAGGAUCUCUUUGGGGCCUUAUUCCCUUAGCCGCGUGCAUUACGAGUGGAGUAUGGUUAUGGAUGCAGGAGGUCAUUCGCAGCGGUCGAGCCAUGGAGUGGAGUAGUGAGAAACUUCGUGGUCAGAUGGCGACUGCCAAUCUCCUUCCUGAAUCCGUCGAAUGGAUGAACAGUUUGCUCGGUGUCGUGUGGGGACUCGUUAACCCAGAGAUGUUGACACCUGUGGCCGACACCAUCGAAGAUAUCAUGCAAGUCUCUGCACCCAAAGUUGUAGAGAAUGUUCGCAUCGCAGAAAUCGACCAGGGUAGUAACCCACUCCGAAUUCUUAGCAUGCGAGCUCUUCCCGACAAUCAUGUGCAGAAUUUGAAGGACAACAUCCAUGAGGAAAACAGAAAGAACAAGGACCCACAGGAAGCUGCUGCUGCCGAAGAAGGAGGGAGUUACUAUAACAUGGAAGCCUCCUUUGCCUAUCACGCAAGCCCAACUGGUCAAAGUGCCUCGUCAAAAGCACGCAACAUGCACAUGCAACUGGUCUUCUAUCUGGGCAUUCGAGGCUUGUUUGGUGUGCCAUUUCCCGUGUUCGUGGAGCUGAUUGAACUUGUCGGAACUGUCCGUAUGCGCUUCCAAAUGAUGCCAGAAGCACCGUUUCUGAAGGAUGUGACUUUCACUUUAGUCGGCAUUCCUCACGUCAGGGCUGGCUGCAUGCCAAUGUUUCGAACGGGAGUGAAUGUUCUCAACUUACCCUUGAUCUCCAACUUUGUCAACUCCGCCAUUAGUACCGCUUGUGGCAUGUUUGCAGCUCCUAAGUCAAUGACCAUGGAUCUCGGCAUGAUGUUGACAGGAGAUGAUAUUCACAAAGAUACGUUGGCUCUGGGUGUGAUGUGGAUUCGCAUUCACCGCGCCGUCGGCUUGAGCAAACAAGAUGCCCGCGGCAGCGAGGGUGGCGGCAGUGAUCCUUACAUCAACCUGUCUUUCUCGAAAUAUGGCAAGCCCAUGUAUUGUACACGUGUGAUUACGGAUGAUCUCAACCCAAUCUGGGAAGAGACUGCUGCCCUCCUUGUGACACCAGAAUUGAUCAAGGCCGAUGAAAACUUGAGCAUCGAGCUCUGGGACUCUGACCGCAACACCGCGGAUGAUAUUGUCGGCAAGGUCGAGCUACCUAUCCGGGAGAUGCUUCAGCAUCCAAGCAAGAUGUAUCCCCAGGUGUCAAAACUUCAGGGGAUGGAUGAGGGCAGUGAGAUGCCCGGUCAGCUGCAUUGGGAAGUUGGAUACUUCGGGAAACCCAAACUCCGCCCUGAGUUACGUACUGAUGGCAAGAAGAAAGAUCUUCCUGAAAAUCUAAGAGGAAAUCCUACUUUCGAAGACGAAAAGGGAGCUAUCAACAAUGAAGAAGAGGAUGCCGUUAUGCACACACCACCUGAUCCAAUCUGGCCUAGUGGGAUUGUGCACAUUGUUGUGCAUCAGAUCGUCAACCUUCAACUUGCCAAUAUCAAGGGCAGUGAUGGCAACCGCAAGGGUAAGGAGUUUGAGCCGGCUAAGCCAUAUGGCGAGAACACAGAAGAGGAGGGAGUAGAUCUCCCAACGAGUUACUACACUAAGAACGUCCUUCAGAUCUAUCGCACUCGUGCAAAGGCUGUGAGCUCCAAACCUAUCUUCAAUGCUGGCACUGAACGAUUUGUUCGCGACUGGCGCUCAGCCGUUGUUACCAUCACUGUCCGAGACCAACGUUAUCGCGAGCAUGAUCCCAUCCUCGGCGUGGUCCCCCUCAAGCUAUCCGACAUCAUGCAAACUAGCUCACAAGUGACCCGCUGGUAUCCCCUCGACGGUGGAAUUGGAUUUGGACGCAUCCGAAUCUCUCUUCUGUUUCGCCAUGUGGAGACCAAGCUGCCACCCCCACUGCUUGGCUGGGAUGUAGGAACCUUUGAAUUUGUUAGCCAAAAGAUCACCGCGAAGAACUUUGGUCGAAACACUAAGAUCAAGCUGCGCACCGGUGGCAGCGUUGGAAAGGUCACCCGACACAAGUGCCACAUGGAAGGUAAUGAUGCAGUAUUCGAUACUUCCGAUGAGACUUUCCGCGACUCACUACGCAUGCCUGUGAAGCACCGAUACCGCUCCCCGAUUGUGUUCGAGUUCCAUAACCAAGGCAAGCGAAGCGCAGUAGCGUAUGCUGUUCUGUGGCUCCAACAUCUUGUCGAUAACGAGGAAAGAGACAUCGACCUUCCCAUCUGGACUACAAAGAUGGGUGCUCGGUUGACACAGAACUACGUUACCGAGGAGAACUGGAAGGCCAAGCAAACACCUGGACUCGAAGACUUGACAGAGGUGGGACGUCUGCAGUUCCGGUGCAAGUUCUCGCCAGGCAUUGACGAAUCGCACGAGCGCUUCGUGGUUGAUAACGACUCCCGUGAGACCUUUGAGACCUGGGAAGCCUGUCUAUCACAGGGCGUGCGUUCCCGCACCGUGGACGUCGAAGUUCCGGCCGAAGUACAGAAAAAACACGAGCAGUCUUUGAUCGGCGGACGGGACAUCCUGAAGCAAGCCUCGCCCUCUGAGCGUCAGCGAUGGAUUGACCACAGCGGCCAAGAUUGGAGUGGUGCGUUUGGUCAAGACCCGCGUGCGUACACGGAUUCUAUCGGACGCAAGGUCGCUGAGCCUGGCCGGGAUCAACCUCGUCAUGAUCCGUACACCCCUCCCCCACUCCAGGAUCACGCUUCUCAGCGACACCAUAUCCAAAAUGGAGAGUAUCACGACGAGGACACCUCUGAAUCCGAUGAUGCGCUCGAGCACUUGAGUAAAGGGCCCUCGACAAUUAGUGGCAGUGGUGGAGCUGGGACGUCUUUGUCACAGAGCGGUAUGAGUACCAGCCAGAUGAACAGGGCGAAUAAACACAGUGAGCAGCGACAGCAGCGUGGUCUGAUGCAGUGGCGGCCUGCGCGGAAUGCUGCUUUUGCCAAACAUGAGGCCAAGUUUGCACUCCAAAAGAUGAAGAAGAAGAUUGGAGCGGGUGGUCUCACUGGUCGCGAACCAGAUGUCGAGACAGAGACUUGA